AUGGACGGCAUGCAUGGAGGAAUGAUGAUGAACGGCACCGGUUCAAUGAAUUCAUCUUCCACAGUUCACAAAAAGAGAAUGAUGAUGCACAUGGCCUUCUACUGGGGAAACACAGCCGAAGUUCUCUUUACGGGUUGGCCCGGAACUAGACCCGGUAUGUACUAUCUCGCAAUCAUCUUCAUCUUCUUUCUUGCUAUCAUCGUCGAGUGGCUAUCUCAUUCAAGUUUUCUUACCCGAUCUAAUUCAUCUGAUCGGGUUCGGGUUGGUCUAGCUCAGACUGUACUUUAUGGUUUACGAUCUGGGUUAAGUUAUAUGAUUAUGUUAUCGGUGAUGUCGUUUAACGUUGGUGUAUUUCUGGCUGCUGUUGUUGGUCAUACGAUUGGUUUUUUCUUUUUUGGGAGUCGGGUUUUUAAGGGGAAUCGUGAUGAUUCUUAUGUUAUGAGUUCUCCGAGGAAGACGACAACGAAUCUUCCUCCGAUGAACUGUUGA